CUGGAAAUUUAGGGUUCGCCAGGGUCUUGUUAAACCCGCCCGCUCCCUCCACGAGACGACCAACUCCGGCGCCCGCCAUCCCACCGCCGCACCGCAGACUCAGCUUCACGAAGCCAAUUGAGUCAAAUCGAGCGCGAGCAUGGCCGACGCCGCUACCCCCUCCGCCGUCAAGGUGGCCACUGCCGAUACCUCUGCCUCAGAGGGCAAGCAGCAGUUCGUCAAACCUGAGAAGCCAGAUGAGGCCAAGUUCAAAGAGGAGCUUGCGAAGCUUGAGAAAGAUCAUGCCGCAGCGCAGGAGAAAUUCAAUUCCGCCAAAGCCAAGCAAGACCUCGCGCGACCGAACAACAAAGAUUCCCCGAACGCGAAGCGACAGCAGGAACUGAAGGCCGAGCUGAACAACAUUCGCCAGACGCAGCAGGGCAACAAGUCAUCGCGGAACGCCAUCCACGAGAAGAUCAAGCGCCUGGACGAACAACUCAAGUCGCGCCUAAACGAGCUGAAGACUUCAAAGGGGCGUGUCAACUUCAGGAGCGUUGAGGAUGUGGACCACGAAAUUGCUCGUCUUCAAAAGCAGGUGGACACUGGCACGAUGAAGUUGGUGGACGAGAAGAAGGCGCUCAGCGAGAUUACUAACCUCAACAAGGCACGGAAGAAUUUCGCCGGCUUCGAUGCGCAGCAGAAAGCGAUUGACGACAUCAAGGCCCAGAUCACAGAGCAGAAAAAGUUGCUGGACGAUCCGGAACAGAAGGCCCUCAGCCAGAAGUACACCGAGUUGCAGACUGAGCUGGACGGCUUGAAGGGCGAACAAGACGAGGCAUUCAAGAACAUGAAGGCUCUACGGGAUGCAACAGACAAGGCUCGCGCCGAGCAACAGGAAAAGUACAUGGCUAUGAAGGAAUUCAAGGACAAGUACUACCAGCAGAAGCGCGCAUUUGCCGAUUACGACUACCAGGCUCGCAAGGCUCGCCAGGAACGGAGGCGUCAGGAGCAGCAAGAGUACCAGGCGAGCAAGCGCAAAGAGGCCGCUGCCAGACGUCUCGAGGAAGCCAGCGCACCUGCAUACCAGGAUGAGAUUCUCGCCUGCGAAGGCCUGAUCCGUCACUUUGACCCGUCCGCGCUUCCAGCCAAGGAGGCAACUGCGGCUAGCAAGUUCGCUGCCUCCGCACAGCGAACUGUCGACGACUCUGGUUUCAAGGGUACGCGUAUCUCUAAGAAGGACCAAGAUGAAGAGAACUACUUCAUCGGCGGCGGUGGAAAGAAGGGCAAGAAGGGCCGGAAAGGAGCCGCUGCCCCGGCGGAGGGUUCUAAGUUCAAUCUUAAUAUAGGCAUCAUCGAAGAGCUGGCUAAGGUUGGCGUCGACGCUCCCUCUAGCCAAGCUGAAGUCCCCUCCACAGUUGAGAAGCUCAAGGAGAAGCUCGCCCACUGGAAGGAAGACCAGGACCGCAAGACGAAGGAGAACAUCGCCAAGGCCCAGAAGGAGAUCGAUCGUCUGGAUGCUGAGGAGGUCGAAGGCGCAACAGACACAGCGCGUAAACCAGCGCAGAAGAACCAGGCUGUCAACGGCGGUAAAGUCUCAGCAGCUGCUGAGCUCGAGCAGGAGAAGGAAGCUGAAGCAGAUGUGGCUGAGGAGCUCAAGAAGGCUUCGAUUGAGGAUAAGGAGGAGGAGACAGCAGCAUAGAAUGCUAAUAUGCGAUAGAGAGGGGAUAUGAGUCUGCAAAAGUUAGCCAUUUUUGUCUAGGCUUUCACCUAGAAUGCUGGCCGGUCUUCCUAGCUCUCAUGAUACGAGCGUAUUUCCUGGCUCUGCAUGGCAUGGUCACGGAACGGGACUGGCAUGUCUUUGUUUCGCAUGGUCGCAAACGUAUUCUACGUCUCUAUUCAACAAUUGUAGGAUGCUGAAUACCUAAACUAAGGUCAUUAUUCC